GCGUCUUUGCGUCUUCACAGCUCCCCCUCACAAAUACAACAAUCCAAUCCAAAAAGAAGCCAGCCCACAGUAGAGCCAUCUGCGAAUCCAAUCCCAAGAUUGCUCGACUAUAUCCCGAAUAGUUGGUCCCUGGCAUGACACAAUGCCUUGAAAAUCAUGCAGUCCUCCAUUCGCAGAUGCGCAUUACCUCGAACGAGGCUAAUUCGGCCUCUUUCUUAUUGUAGUCGCAGUCACCCCGCUGCCAGCUUCCAAAAUGUCAAGCCUGUCGUAUUUACUCGAUAUGCUUCUACUGCUACUAACAGCCCUUUUGCAAGUUUAGAUCUGCCAUCUCUGGAUCAGAAAUGGCGUGCGAAGUGGACGGCGACGGAGAAGCCGAAAUCGGCAAAGGACAAGGAACAAGAUGAAGGCCAGAAAAUGUACAUAUUACCUAUGUUCCCAUAUCCAUCGGGCGAUCUUCAUCUGGGUCACUUUCGAGCAUAUACGAUUUCCGAUGUCCUGGCACGAUUCCACACAAUGAAAGGCUAUAAUGUUGUCCACCCAAUUGGUUGGGAUGCGUUUGGCUUGCCUGCUGAAAAUGCAGCAAUUGAACGUGGAAUAGACCCCGCAGUCUGGACAAAACAAAAUAUACAAAAGAUGAAGAGUCAGCUAAUUACUUGGAAUGGACGUUGGGACUGGGAUAGGGAAAUCACAACUUGCGAUCCCAAUUUCUACAAACAUACCCAGGAAAUAUUUCUUCUUCUUCAUGAGCGCGGUCUGGCAUAUCAAGCCGAGUCUUUAGUGAAUUAUGAUCCUGUGGACAAAACUGUUCUUGCAAAUGAACAAGUCGAUGCAAAUGGUAAUUCAUGGCGAUCUGGAGCCAAAGUAGAGAAGAGACUACUAAAACAAUGGUUUUUGAAGAUAUCUGAAUUUCGAGAGCAAUUGCUUCAAGAUAUCAAUCACCUGGCUAAGGGAGGUAUGUGGCCGGAAAGGGUUCUGGCCAUGCAAAAGAAUUGGCUAGGGAAAUCACAAGGAGCUAGAAUUCGAUUUUCCAUAUCUGCAGGUGACGAUAGUUCUCAACAGUCUGUUGAAGUCUUCACCACCCGACCAGAUACUAUCUAUGGAGUUCAAUACAUUGCUCUUGCAGCAACACAUCCUAUUGUUCAAAGUCUUGCAAAGGGAGAUACAAAAUUGCAACAGUUUUUGGACAGUAUGUCAGAUUUACCACCUGAUUCAAAGGUUGGCUAUCUUCUUCCCACUGUUAGUGCCAUGCAUCCGUUAUCAUCCCAAGAAUCUACACCAGAGGCCUCUAAAGCACCUUUACCCGUUUAUGUUGCACCAUAUGUACUAGGUGAUUAUGGUGAUGGAGCAGUUAUGGGAGUGCCAGCGCAUGAUGCUCGAGAUUAUGCAUUUUGGAAGCACAAUAACCAUGACACUCCACCGAGAUAUGUAAUUGGUCCUGUUGACGGUGCUUCGAAAGCUGUCCCCGCAGGCCAACCCUUUGUUCAUCCUGGUCAUCUUACAUCAGAGAAUCCACGAUCAUUUGUUGGCCAAACAACGGCUAAAGCAAAGCAAAGCAUCAUGAGGCUGCUUGAAAAUGAAGGUCUCGGUUCAGCUGCUGAGACAUGGCGUCUCAGGGAUUGGCUUGUCAGUCGGCAGAGAUAUUGGGGUACCCCUAUUCCCAUAAUUCAUUGUGGUAGUUGUGGUCCAGUACCUGUUCCUAAAGAUCAGCUUCCAGUUAAACUGCCUUCGGUUGAAGGCCAUUGGUUAAAAGGUAAAGCUGGAAAUCCUCUUGACGGUGCCCACGACUGGGUCAAUGUCCCAUGUCCCAAGUGUGGCAGCGAUGCUAAGAGAGAUACCGAUACCAUGGAUACCUUUGUCGAUUCUAGCUGGUAUUUCAUGAGAUUUGCUGACCCCAAGAAUUCAACAACACCAUUUUCUCCGGAAGCAGCCAAUGCAAUCCUCCCUGUUGAUGUAUAUAUCGGAGGGGUUGAGCAUGCCAUUUUGCAUUUAUUGUAUGCUCGUUUCAUUUCAAAAUUCCUUUCUACAACUCCUCUCUGGCCUGAGGGGUCGACCAAGAACGUUCUUGGGGAACCCUUCAAAAAGCUUCUUAGUCAGGGUAUGGUGCACGGAAAGACUUAUUUGGAUCCUUCCAACGGCAGAUUUUUAAAACCCGAGGAAGUGGAUCUCACCGUACCAUCGAAGCCAAUUCUUAUUGCAUCAGGAGAAAUCGCCAAGAUUAGUUAUGAGAAGAUGUCAAAAUCUAAAUAUAAUGGCGUCGACCCAGCUCAGUGCAUGACGAAGUAUGGUGCCGAUGCAACCAGAGCCCAUAUGCUUUUUCAAGCACCAGUCACCGAGGUCCUUGAAUGGGAUGAGCAGAAAAUCUCUGGUGUCACUCGUUGGUUGAAACGUCUUCAUGAGUAUGUAUGUACAAGUACAGAGGUAUCUCAGAAAGUAAAAAAUCACACCUUAUCUCCUAAAGAGCAUCUCCUUUCUGCGGUAGAUGUUUUAGAGAAAAGCAAAAAGAAUUCCCCGCAGAAGCAAAACCCGAAUGCAGGAACUUCCCUUCUUGAAUCUAUCCACGCGGACAUCAAGCUUUGGCGAGCAGUACAACAAACCAUCACGAAUAUAACAGAAGCUUAUAGUAAAACGCAUUCUCUUAAUACCAUUGUCUCAGAUUUGAUGAGUCUUACCAAUCUUAUUAUCGAAACCACAGAAGCAAAUAAAGUCAGCCGCGAAACAUCACCUACAAAUGUUAUCGCUGGACUCGAAAACGCAAAUUGUGUAGAAGAGCAAAGUGGUUUGAUUGAGAAUGCAGCUACGAGAGUUUUACUUCAAAUGAUAGCACCUAUUACUCCAGCCUUCGCGGAAGAAUGCUGGUCGAUUUCUCAAGGCGUUGUUGAAACACUUUCGAUCUUUGAUACGAAAUUUCCAGAGGCGGAUGGAUCGAUCGACUGGUUACUUCCCGAAACUCAAAAAUGUGCAGUGCAAGUUAAUGGCAAAUUGAGAUUCGCAAUCGAUAUACCGAUUCCGGAAGUGGGAAUGGAUAAAGUGGAGUUGCAGAAAUGGGUCAUGGAUAAGAUUUUACAGAGUGAAGAGGGAAUGAGAAGGUUUGGGGAAGGGGAAGGACAGGUCGAUGUGGCGGGGAGAAGUAAGAGGGUGGUCGUUGUGGGGAGGGGAAAGACGAUUAAUUUUGUUGUUUAGAGAUCGAGUGGUUGACGGUUGGAAAUACCCCACUCCGGUUUUUGUUGAAUGUGUGAUAUGUAUAUGAUCUAUGAUCUAUGAUCUAUGAUCCUGAGCGAUGGAACGAAUGGGUAUAUAAAGUAUGCUCAAAUACCAACAUGAUAGAUCA